AUGGCUGCUGUACUUCAGUGUCCGCGCACGUUGGCGGUGCACUUUCCGUCCGAGAUUUACCGUUCGACUGGUUCAUCUCAAGUAUUGCCUGAGUUGGUCAAGUCCUUAGAUCUGCCCAAUGUCUGUGCUGUCCAGUUUAUGCCUAACGGUGUUGUUCGGGUGACCUACAAGGAACCCGCCCAGUGUGAUGCUGCUCUCGCAAGUGGUAUCAAUUUCCGUGGUGCUCCGCUUCGCGUCGCUCCAGUUGAUUCUCGUACCCGGUUGGUGUAUGUGCGUGAUCUGCCUGUGGAGGUUCCUGAUGAUGGCCACAAAGUCUUCCUGCGUGCUUUUGGUGUAGUUCACUCGUGUGUGAGGCAGACCUACCCUCGUCUGCCCCAGGUUGCUACUGGUACGCGUGUGGUCAAGGUUACCUUGGCCAAAGAUCUCCCGUCGUCUGCUAGAAUCUCUGGUUUUGAUGUUCGCUUCUGGUAUCAGGGCCAACCCCAAGCCUGUCCUGUCUGUCGCUCGUACGGUCACCGUGUCAAAGAUUGUCCGUUCAACGGGUUGUGUCGUCGCUGUAGUCAGCCUGGACACAUGGCUCGUGAGUGCUCCUUCCGUCGCUCGUCUGUUUCUACUGCAGCUGCGUCCUCUGUUCCCAACGUUUCCAAUCCUGUUGCCGGCGUCGAUCCCGCCAUGUCUGAGGAUGAGGAUGAGGAUGACCCGGAUUAUGUUCUUUCCUCCGCCUCCGAGCCUGGUUCGUGCUCCGGUGAUGAGGAAGUCCUCCGUUCAGUUCCCACCUCUGUUCUGGCUGCGCGGGCCCGGAAGCGUUCUGCCCCGCCCGCUGUUCCGUCUGACGAGUCUUCCGUUGAUCUUCGGGACAAUGAGCUGUCCCCAGCGUCCGAUCCUGUUGACCCUGCUCCCGGUACGCCUGAGUCUGCCUCUGCCGCGGUUGCUUCUGUUCCUGAUCCUGAUCCUGUGACUGCUUCUGCUGUUCCUGAUCCCGUUGCUGAUCCUGUUCCCGGUACGCCUGUGUCUGCCUCUGACGUUCCUGUUCUCCCUCCUGCUAAGGAGUCCUCCGGUUCCAAGCCUAAGAAGAAGAAGCCUCGGCCUUCUCCAGCUGCCCCGGCCUCUGCUUCUGCUGAGUCUACCCCAGUCCAGUCC